AUGUCUCUCACCAUGCGAACAGUCGGGUUGGCAGCCGCCCUAUACGCCUCUUUCUCAAGUGCCCAGCGAGCACUUGUCUCCGACUCUUUCAGCACUUGCGGAGAAGACAGCCAACUCACGGCUACGACCUUUGAUGUUGCGAUCACGCCAGACAACCGCACGAUCGCAUAUUCCCUUUUUGGUACCAGCACUUAUUCGGGCAAUGCGACCAUCGACUUUGUCAUCUCCGUGGACUCGAUACGAAGAUUCAAGUCUACUAUAGACCCGUGCUUGUCGACUCAGUCCGCCGGCUUCUGUCCAGCAAGUGCAGGUCAACUAGCUCUCGUGUCUGACCAGACCGUGCCACAAGACGGUUUCAACGACAUCCCAGACGACGUCUACACCGAGUCUGAUCCCAAAGCGUAUUUCCAAUUCAUCCUCAACAAUCCUGCAACGAAUGAGACGGUGGGCUGUCUGCAGGCGACUCUGAGGAACGACGCGGCCGGCAACACUUCCACUUCCACAGGCAAUACGACUUCCAGCAAUACGACUUCAAGCGACGACAAUGGAUCAGGCAGCGCAAAUGAGACCAGCAGUUCCAAUAGUACUGGAGGCAGCGGUGGCGAUUCGGGUGCCAGUACCUCCUACAUGAGCUGGACGCUCCUACUAUCUGCAAUAUUUGCGAUGGCCCUCUUUAACGGCCUGUAG